AUGAUCUCCCUCGCCUCUGCUAAAUCCCACCGCUAAAACCCUACGCAGUCUUAAAUCACGAAAACUUAUUGCAGUCGGAAGGAGAAAUGUCUGUAGCUUCUGCUCGUAGUCGUCUUCUUGCCCUAAUUUCACGCAACACUCGUCAUUUCUGUUCCGGCAAUGCCUCAAUCUCAGGUAGUGUUCGACGUUUUUCUACCGAGAUUCCUCCAAAAGAAUCAAUAAUCGCCGCCUCAUCUACUAUCAACAAUCCCGAGUCUGUGGCACCACCUCCUCCAGAUGUACCGGAGAAAAAAUCAUGGAGUUUUCUCAAGUAUACUUUAGGAGCAACUGUUGUUGGUGGUGUUGCUGCUACCGGUUACGCUACCUACGCAUAUAGCUUGGAUGAAGUAGACGAGAAGACACGUUCUUUACGAGCAUCUGCAAGUUAUACUGUAGGGGAUGAUGCUUCUUCCAUUGAUAAAUUCCAAGCUGUGAUGUACUCGUCCAUUAUGUCAGUUCCAGUAAAGCUUGUAGAACUUUAUCUUGACCUAAGGAGGUUGGGGGAGGAGCAUGUUCGGGGCUACACUGAACCAUCCUCAGAUAAGUUGCUUCCUGAUUUGCAUCCAAUGGAACAGCACGUGUUUACACUUGUUCUAGAUUUAAACGAGACAUUAGUAUAUUCCGAUUGGAAGCGUGACAGAGGGUGGCGAACAUUCAAAAGACCUGGUGUAGAUGACUUUCUGGAACAUCUAGGUCAAUUUUAUGAAGUUGUAAUCUAUUCUGACCAGAUGAAUAUGUAUGUUGACCCCGUUGCUGACAGAUUGGACCCAAAGCAUACCAUACGCUAUAGGCUAUCACGAUCUGCUACUAGAUAUGAAAAUGGAAAGCACUACCGAGACCUCUCAAAACUGAACCGGGAUCCAAGGAAGAUCAUUUAUGUGAGUGGGCAUGCAACAGAAAGUUGUUUGCAACCAGAAAACAGUGUUCCAAUUAAGCCAUGGAAGCUCGAAGCAGACGAUACAGCACUCCUUGACCUCAUCCCCUUUCUUGAAUAUGUUGCUCGCCAUAGGCCAGCUGAUAUUAGACCAGUGUUAGCUUCGUAUCAAGGACACGACAUUGCCAAGGAGUUCAUUGAACGAUCUAAAGAACAUCAAAGGCGCAUGCAAGAGCAGAAACAGCCAGGGCGUAUUUGGAGAAGAUGAUGCGAGUUUUGCAGAAGAAUAAAAAUAAGCAAUUGUUAUUGAUAUGGUAAAACAGAGGAGAAAACAGAGAUAGAGAAACAUGCUAUAUUUGAUGCAAAUUUGUUUGUAGUAGUAGUAAUUGUGAAAAAUAACCUUUUUAAAGGAUAUCAUAUCCUACGAGAGAGUGAUCACCUGAGUUUUGUUGUCU